AUGUAAAUGCUGUAUGUGGGGCGGCAGAUGAUCAGAUUUAGAAGAAUGAAUCAUAAUAACCGAUCUCCUUCAUCCUCUCUGAGUUAUUCGUGAUUCAUUGACUUGAGCGUUUGCGGCGCUUUCGUCUCGUGUACCAUUCAAACGCUGUAACGCGCGAGCCGCUUCAUUGCGCAUGCGCUAAUUCACCGGGACCCGCUGCCUGCAUCUUAAGGAAAACGCGAGCCUUAACAUGUGUGCUCGACACGAGAGAAAACACGACACAGCCGUGAUCGACAUGAGACGACACUCGACACAGCCGUGAUCCCGCUCCGGUUCGGAGGAUGUCGGGUGCGGACGGAGCCGUAAAUAAAGUUAAAGUCAAGCGACGGAUCAGGAGCAUCGUGAAGGAUCUCGAGAACAUCUUGGGAGACCUGAAGGAUGUAGCGAAGGAACUCAAAGAGGUGGUUCAAGAUAUUGACUGUUUGACAUCAGAUCUUCAUCUGGAGGAGGAGAUGAUUGACAGCUCGAGGACGGACACACUCAACAGCACCUCCACCUCCUCCAGCAUGGACAGGAUGAAGGUGUACCCGGAGGAGAUGCUCUUCAGACCCUCAUCUGUGUCCUCUGCCAUUCUCACAGUUCUAAAGAGACCCAACCGGCCCCUGCCUCCGCCCCGCGCCGCCCCGUCCAGAGCCCAGGAUCACGGCGACGGUCUGUCCUCGGAGAUACAGACCGCGGGUAAUGGGAUGCCAACGUGGAACGCCGCUUUUCCCGCAAACGCGUUGGGCAGAGACUCGUGUCGCGGCCUCAAAAGCACGGUGCCGUUGCCGUCUCCUCUGUCGAGGCACGUGAAGAGUCGCUGUCCUCAGACCACGAGAGAACGAGUCCGCUUCAGCGAGAAGGUCCAGUAUCACGGCUACUGUCCCGACUGUGACCUGCAGUACGACGUGCCUGACACGGAUUUACACUUCCACACAGAAGUGAUCGAUGUCAAAGUGAGUCCGAGUCAUCAGUGUUCAUCGUCACUGCCGUCUCAAAGCCUCAUGGAGAACGGCAACAUCGUCUCUUUCCCUCCACAGAAACCACACAAAACCAUCCUGCGCAAGUCCACCAGCACGACGGUCUGACUGAACUUUAUUUCCAGAGCUCCGUCCGCUUCCUCUGAAGAUGUUCAUGCAGACAGACAGAAGCUGGAGGUGUUGAACGCUGAGUGCCUCAAACUGUCUGACGUCAUGUACUGAUGAUCUGAUUUGAAUGAAAGAGUUUGGGCAACAUGAGAAGAUGGUAGAGUAUAGAUGCUCACUUUUGACUUCUCUGGUCAAAGAAAUCCCAAGAUAUUACUGAAUUCCUCUGAAUGUUUUUGUUUCUCAGCAGAUCUCAUCAGGAGCAUCUUCGUGUGAAUCCGAUCUGAAGCUGGAAAAUCACACUCCUAUAUUCCCACAGCUGCUCCACACAGAGAUUCAUCUCAUAUGAGAUUUCAUUCUAUCGUGAUCCUGUGAGAGACUCUUCAGUGUGUGUGUGUGUGUGUGUGUGUGUGUGUGUGUGCGUGCGUGCGUGCGUGCGUGCGUGCGUGCGUGCGUGUGUGCGUGCGUGUGUGUGCGGUCAGAAGAGCUCUUAUAAUGCUGCUGCUAUCAACAUAAAGCAAACAUGGUAAAGACAGAUAAACAUCAUGACAUGUAUUCACUUCAGCGUGACAUUAAAUGCAGUGCUGAGCGCUGCCUUCACCUCUCACACAUCAAACACUUUGUAAAGACAUUCUAUGUUUUUCUAAAGAAAACCUUCAACUAUAUAAAGAGCAUAUUUUUGAUAUUUUAUCAGAUGAUUUUAAAGAUGUCAACAUUUUUGUCAAGACAGUAUACAAUGAAAAAUGUAUUUAUGUACCAAUUAAAAACAUGAACUGACCUGCAUCCGAACAUGUCUGUUUUCUCACCACCCGGUUGUGUUGUGAAUCUGUAAACGGGCUUCAGUUUUUAUCUCUGUGUGUUAGUGAUUCACACACACACACACACACUGAUCUCAAGAUGCAGAACUGAGUGAUAGAAUAAUAUCACUUGUGUAAAUCAGACACAA